AAAAAAAAAAAAAAAAAAGAGCCAACAAAGGCUGAGAGCUUGAGACAACCCAAGCACGUCAAGAACUUUACCUGCCCCCUCUCUCUCUCUCUCUCUCUCUCUCUCUCUCUCUCUCCGUACUUUCUCUCUCCUGUUUUCUUGACAAACCAUUUGUUCUUUCUUUCUGGUCUUCUGCUCUCAUCUUUCAGUCCAACUGUCCAAAUGACCAAUCACUCAACCAGCAACAAAUGAGCAAAAAAUAGAAAGGACUGAAGGAGAAAGAAUUCCCGCUUUUUUUCUUUCUCUGUUUUUCUUUUCAUCUUGAAGAGUAACGUCGUGUCUGUAUAUAUAUAUACAAUAUACAUCUUUUUACAUUUUUGCUUGUACAACAUCUGUAUCUGCGUCGUCUUUGGCGCUUUGUAUUGGCUUUUCUGUGUUUGGCAGUGUGUGUUGUUCGCUUCUUUGAUGAAAGAAGAUACGGGAAAGAAUCAAAGAGGAUGAAGAGGGCAGGGAUAAAAACCAACAUUAUACCCAGACGGAACAUGUGGGGAUCGAUCGAAACGGAUAGAAAUCACAGCCAGCAUUAUCAAGUCUCUAGGAUUUCAGAAUUCAGAAAUGAUGGGCGUUUUGCUUGCUUGAAUGCUUGUUAUCUCUAAAAAUUCCUUUUUUUUUUCUCUUUCUUUUCGGUCCAAAAGGUGCUGACAUUAAGGAGUUUGAUUGAAACCAUUGUUCUUUACUUGCUUCUUUGUAGCUGAGCACGGGAUUUCUUGGGAUUGCCUUUUGAAUCUCAACUUUGAUCUGGAGAGCUUUAUGAAAGAGUUUCUUUGGGAAUGUUGUUUUCUUUCUGUUAGUUUCCCGCUCAAAUGGUGGUUAUGGGAGUGAAUUUCGUCUGGUUGCUUUUCCUACGGAGUAGCGGCGGUUCUGGCACGCGUUCAUGGACAGUGAUAGACUGUUGAUUGGGUUCGUUUCAAGAAAGGAGAAGGCGAAAGUACUAUUUCCAUUUUAUGGUAAUCUGGUUGGGCUUGUGAGAGCUCUUUCAUAAGGUUGGUUUGAAUUAAGCAAUAUUUCCAAUUGCUUUAUUCUGCUGUUAUGGUGGUUGCCUGGAUCUGAUUUCAUGCCAGAGUGUCGGUUCUGGUUGUGAGAAGGCUGUGAGUUCUGCACUGAAAACAGAGCAUGGAAGGGAGUUUAGCUUUCUGGGGAGUUGGUUUACUAGUUCUGUCUUGGAUAGAGGAGUCUUCUGCUACUCUUUCACCUUCUGGAAUAAAUUAUGAAGUUGAAGCCUUGGUGAACAUAAAAACUGGUCUAAGAGACCCGCAUAACGUAUUGGAUAAUUGGGAUAGUACUUCCGUCGAUCCUUGUGGCUGGAGGAUGAUUACCUGCUCCCCUGAUGGCUAUGUGUCUUCUCUAGGAUUGGCUAGUCAGAGUUUGUCCGGGACAUUAUCUCCAGGAAUUGGAAACCUCAGUAACCUGAAAUCGGUGUCGCUGCAGAACAAUGCCUUAUCUGGCCCCAUUCCUGCUGAGAUAGGAAAGCUGGAGAAGCUAGAGCAACUUGACCUCUCAAACAAUAAGUUCAGUGGUGUGAUACCGAGUUCUCUGGGGGACCUUAAGAACCUUAAUUAUCUGCGACUAGGUAACAACAGCCUUACUGGACCCUGCCCUGAGUCUCUGUCCAAUGUUGAAGGUUUCACCCUGGUGGAUCUUUCUUAUAACAAUUUAAAUGGUUCCUUGCCAAAAAUAUCUGCCAGAACUUUCAAGAUUAUUGGGAACCCUUUGCUAUGUGGGCCAAAUACUAAAAUUAACUGUUCUGCCAUGUCUCCAGAGCCACUUUCUUUCUCACCAGAUGUUCCAAGAGAUCAGUCAGAUUCUGGAGGAGCAAAAAGCCACCGUCUUGCUAUUGGAUUUGGGGUAAGUGCUGUGUUAAUUUCUUUCAUCAUUGUUGCUGUUGGGCUGCUUCUCUGGUGGCGACACAGAUACAACAAGCAGAUUUUCUUUGAUGUUAAUGACCAGUGUGAUCCAGAGGUGUGCUUGGGCCACUUGAAGAAGUACUCAUUUAAGGAACUCCGAUCAGCCACUAACCAUUUCAACUCAAAGAACAUUUUAGGAAGUGGUGGCUCUGGAAUUGUUUACAAGGGUUGUUUGCCAGAUGGGAGUCUGGUGGCUGUCAAAAGGUUGAAAGAUUAUAAUGCAGCUGGUGGUGAAGUCCAAUUCCAGACAGAAGUUGAGACAAUAAGCUUGGCUGUCCAUCGGAAUCUCCUCCGACUUCGUGGGUUCUGCAUGACAGAGAAUGAACGGCUCCUGGUUUACCCUUAUAUGCCAAAUGGAAGUGUAGCAUCUCAAUUAAGAGAUCAUAUUCAUGGAAAGGCAGCUCUAGAUUGGUCAAGACGAAAGAGUAUAGCUUUAGGGACUGCUAGAGGUCUACUUUAUUUGCAUGAACAGUGUGACCCCAAAAUUAUUCACCGUGAUGUGAAAGCAGCCAACAUUCUGCUUGAUGAAGAUUUUGAAGCGGUUGUUGGAGAUUUUGGAUUGGCAAAGCUCUUGGAUCACAGGGAUUCUCAUGUCACCACAGCUAUCCGUGGGACUGUUGGCCACAUAGCUCCUGAGUACUUAUCAACAGGUCAAUCAUCAGAAAAGACAGAUGUAUUUGGUUUUGGUAUCUUGCUUCUUGAACUGAUUACAGGUCAGAAGGCUCUGGAUUUUGGACGGGCAGUGAGCCAGAAAGGUGUAAUGCUUGAUUGGGUGAAGAAGCUUCAUCAGGAGGGAAAGCUCAAUCUCAUGGUGGAUAAAUGUCUGAAUAACAACUUUGAUAGAGUUGAGUUAGAGGAGAUGGUUAAGGUUGCUCUUUUGUGUACACAAUUCCAUCCUUCUCAGCGUCCAAAAAUGUCGGAGGUCUUACGGAUGUUGGAAGGUGAUGGUUUAGCUGAGAAGUGGGAGGCCUCACAGAGGGCUGAAACACCAAGAUUGAGAUCAUCUGAAAACCUGCCUCAGAGAUAUUCAGACUAUAUAGAGGAAUCUUCGCUUGUGGUAGAAGCAAUGGAACUCUCUGGCCCGAGGUAAUCUAAUCUUAUGAUAAAAAAAGAUGGAACUCUCUGGGCUUAGAGACACAGCUCUGGUUCUUAUGACCAAAUUGAAGAGUUUUUGAACUGCAAUUAUAUGAUUGAGUUCAUAAUCCUAGCAACUGAAUGUUUGUAUUCAUCUGUACAAAAAGGAAAGUUAUCUCUUCUGUUGUGUAAUUACCCAUCUCAAAUUGGUUGGCCUGGUUGAGCUUUUGCUUGAAUUUUUUUGGGGGGAAAUAGUCAAGGAAUGCCAAGUUUAUCUGCUUGUCAUUGAACAAGUUAAUCUGGUUAGAUCCCAAUGCAGAUCAUUAUCAUUUGAUCUCA